CAAACGUGUGUUGACAAGAUAAGACAAUGAUAGUUUGUGGCUCUUGGUCACGUCAGUCACUGUCUCAACGCUGUCCUGAGCGUCCCGUGGAUACAGCAUCACCCACCCACCCAUUCUCGCCAUCAGGCGGCCGCCAUGACUCCUUGCCGCAUCACUACCUCCCUGCUGGCGCUGCUGCUGGUAUCCACCACCGACACGGCAAACAGCCCGCCGUUAGCAGGCAUCAGACGUGGAUCUGAGACGCCCCAGGAUGACCUCGUUGUAUCACUCGGAGCUCCAGGGCCCGGACGGGAGGCGUCCCCUCAGGGCGUGCUACAACAAGUGGCCCAAGGCGUGUUCCCGGGCUCUCUGUGGGCGGCCGUGUCUGGUUGGCAUCCCGCGCAUCAUGUUUCGUCCGACAUCACCGACAAGUACACAUACCAGCAGGACAGAGGAAGGGCGAGGCUGAACACAGUGUUCAACUACUACAUGCCGGACACAACAAACGUGUCAUGGCACUGCAUGACUGACGUGAAGUCCUUUUAUAUUGAGCUGGCUCGCAGGACAGGCUGGGCGGUGAAAAUGGUGGACUCCUGGGGCAAGUUUCCGGACGGCCAGCUGGCGGGAAACACGUGGGCGACGGGGCUGCUGGACGAAUGCAUCGCGAUCCACGUCGACCAGGAGCUGCCUCAGGCCCACUUCAAGGGACAGUACUGCGCCCUGACCUACAAGAAAGCGGUGGAGGAGGAAGAGGAUGAGGAAGAGGAUGAAACGGAGGAGGAUGGGGACGAGGCACCGAGGAAGGCAGGGGUGAGGAUGGCGGGAGUGGCGGCCAGACUGGGCCUCGUGAUCCCCGACAACUUGUACGCUACCUGUAUCCCCUCCACCUGCACCAGGGAAGAGUACAGGGAGAGCCUCGAGAGACACCUGGAGCUGGAGGGAGGCGGCGUGGAGCUGCAGGACGUCUACUGCCAGACGGAGAACAUGCCCGCCAUGGAGUACUCAGGAGGAGAUGUCACUAUGAUCGUGUUAUUUUCCGUGCUGGGGUGUCUGGUGCUGGCGGGAACGGGCGGGGAUGUGUGGACUGUGUGCAACGGCAAGAGGCACGAAAAGACAGGAUAUCUGCGCUACGUCCUCCCCUUCUCCUUGUAUACCAACCUGAAUAAGAUGUUCUACAUCAACGUGAAAGAGAACAAAGAGGUAAUUUCUUGCCUCCACGGCAUCAGAGUGCUCACUAUGGGGUGGGUGGUGCUGGGACACGCCUACCUCAUGAGCAUCAAUGCCAGCGCCAACAAGCUCCCCUUCAGGCAGGCCAUCAUUGACAACCCGUACCCGUACCAGAUCAUUAUCAACGGCACCGUCUCCGUCGACACCUUCUUCUUCAUGAGCGGUCUCCUCGUUGCCUACAAUCUGACCAAGGAGGUCGGCAAGACAGGGAAGUUCAAUAUUCCUGCUUACUACAUUCAUCGAUUCGUCAGACUUGCCCCGCCCAUCAUGCUGCUGUGCGGGUUCUUUGCGGUCUUCCCACCCUUGUUCAUGCGCGGCUCCCUCUCCCCUGCCCUGACGGAGCCGGGAUACAUGGUGGACCUGUGUCGCCGUUACUGGUGGCGGGACAGCUUCUUCCUCACCAACUGGUUCUUCAACGAGGUGGACACAGAAUCGUGCGUCCCGGUGUGCUGGUACACGUCCGUGGACUUUCAGCUGUACAUCGUGGCGCCCCUCAUGUUCCUGCCGAUCCUGUACCGCCGCAAGCCAGGAGCGGCAUGGCUGGGGUGCCUGCUGGUGGCCUCCGCCGUCAUCCCCGCCUUCAUCAUCGGCGUCAACGAGAUGCCUCCCACACAAGUCAUGAACGUCCCGUACAGCCAGUUUUACGAAUACACGAAGUGGGUGUACACGAAACCUUACUGCCGCGCGUCGCCCUACCUGGUGGGCAUGGCGCUGGGAUACUUCAUGAGGGAGGUGGACAAAGAGAAGGUGCAGCUCAAAUGGUGGCAGGUGGCGCUGGGCUGGAUCGCCGCCCUGGCUACCAUGAGCGCCGUGGUGUUCGGCAUCGCGGACUACAAUGACUUUUCCACCGCCAAUCACGAGUAUAACGGAGCCGUGAGCAUACUGUACGGCGGCCUGCACCGCCUGGCCUGGGGUGCGGCGCUGGCCUGGCUGGUGUUCGCCUGCCACAUGGGUUACGGCGGUCCCGCCAACAGCUUACUGGCGCACCCUUUCUGGCAGCCGCUUAGCCGCCUCACCUAUACCACCUUCCUCAUCGCCCUCAACAUGCAGAUCUUGCUCUACGGCCACACGCCCCAAGUCCCCUUGUACUACAGCAACACCAAUAAGAUAAUGGAGACCGCCGGGACCAUCCUGCUCUCCGGGUGCGGUGCGGUGUUACUGUCCCUGCUGGUGGAGGCCCCGGUGUUGGGCCUAGAGAAGCUCAUACUCAGAAGGGAAAGUCGUGGCUUACAAUACGAGAAGAAAGAAGAUGUCGAAACCAUCGACCUCCAGAAUAUAUCCGCCGACUGAGGGCAAGUCGGCACCACAGCGUGGAGUGUUUGUGAUAGAGGAUCGAAAGGUUCACCGUGUGCCAUACGUAUAGGCCUCUAGGCCUGAAUGCUGCUUCGUUUACCCUUCAUAACUUAUCUGUUCUCGUCUGCUACGAAUACUGAGUCGUAGAUGUAUAUCAAACGAUUAUAUUUCAAUGGUCAAAGAAAUGUCUUAUCUAAUUAUGUGUGUCUUUGUAGUGAUGAAAAUGUACUGCCGCGAUCAAAUGGAAAAUAAAAUGUAGAGGUAA